CCGAGAAGCCCUGCGUAUCGGUCGUCCGGACUGUGCUUUCAGAUCCAAGUGUAUUGUGUUGGGUGAAAUGGUGCUCUACAGCGACAAAGAAGAGAAGACCAUGCCCUUCUCCAAGAUUCGAAAGCACAUCUCACGCUCCGGGUCGUUUAUUGGCGCUCUACAAGACUCGCUACCCCACGAGUGGGAACACCUGAUGAUCGUAUUUUUCGACGUCUUGGUGCUAGAUGACGAGCCGGUCCUGCGUCAUUGUCUACAGGAGCGCCGCAGCCUGCUUAGAGACCUAGUCCAGGUCAAACCGGGUCGCUCGAUGCGCUCAGAGUGGUCCCUGCUCGACUUCAAGACAGGGGACGGCAUCACAGACCUCAAGGAGAUAUUUGCCCGAAAUCUUGCUAGUCGCCAAGAAGGGCUUGUAUUGAAACCACUUCAUGCACCUUACUUCCCGCUGUUAUAUGUACAGGGGUAUCGGCGACCAGGGUACUUCAUCAAGCUCAAGAAGGAUUACCUGGGCGAUAUGGGCGGAGAACGCGAUCUAGGCGACUUUGCAGUCAUCGGUGCAAGCUUCGAUGCGCAAGUCGCCCCGAAGUCAGACUUGAAGCCCUUGCACUGGACGCACUUCCAUCUAGGAUGUUGUGCGAACAAGGUCGCAGUGCAACGAACAGGCGCCAAGCCCAUGUUUGAGGCAGUCGCAACUGUAAGUCUAGAUCAGUGUAUACCAAAGUCAGAUCUCAAAUACCUGAGCAUCCAUGGUUACGUGCGGCAAGCAAACUUGCAUGAGGACGGCUCGACAGACAACUUCGGCAUCAAAGACUCCAAAGGAUAUGACCGCCGUAUGACGACAGCAUUCAGAAUACCAUUCGUCGCAGAGAUCCUGGGUGGUGGCUUCGAGAAGCUGCAAAAUGGGACUUUCGAAAUGUUGCGCCAUCCUCGAGUCAAGAAGCUGCACAAUGAUCGUACUUGGGAAGACUGUGUGACCCUCGAAGAGCUCGAGGAGAUGGCCGAACAGAAGUGGGAUGUCCCAGACGCGGACCGGCUCGAUGGACAUGCUAAGGAUGUCGCAUUGCUGGUCUCAAAGUAUGUGAGAGAAUCGCAGAUGACCUCUUCAACAUACAGAACAACGCAGGACACGUCACCGACAACUUUCCGCAGAGCUGAAGCCUUGUCAAAUCCAACACCGUCAGAUGCCGUUGUUCAAGAAACACAGCAGCCAACACUCAACACUUACACAACCGCAUCCUCUAGUACGCACUACUCCGGUAGCACACAAGGCGCGGGGACUCGAGCCUCUCGACAGGUUCGAAUCCUUGUCCGCGAAGACACUGCCGAGCGUCUUGCUCUCGCAACGCCGCUCAAGCCUCCACCACCCGCACCAUCAGUCGUAUCACCAGGACUGCUGGCUUCUCCAUCAACAGCACCAUUACUAACAUCACACCGACAAUCUACCACAUUUCUCUUGCCACCAUAUUUAACUGCGCCAGCACCUACUAUAAGCAGAAAACGCGACCUUGCUCAGGUUGUUGACUUUGUCAGCCCGCCUGCAGUUAGGAGGCGCUUCAAGAGUCGCACUCCACUGAAAGAUUUUGGUGCCAACGGGGCGAGGAGCCUGGGUGCGUUCGAUUACGAUUCACAAGAGGGAAUUAUUCAUAUAUAUGCAAAAGAAGGAUUGACGGUCCAUGUACAUACAGAAUUUGAGAAAGUGGAGAACACGGCGGGAAAGGAGUAGCGCAUCGGUUUUCAGGAGGCGGAGGUUGGUUGAUAGGAAGACACCCCAAGUAUAGAUUAAGUUCAAAUACCGCUGAAUUCACAUUAGC